CAAAAAAGUGCCUUCAUUCAACUAGCUCUAAGAAACGGCUCCCUGUAGCACGCGUUUUCCUUUAUCAGUACGCACAACCCGUUGCUAUAACUGUCGCGCAGCAAACCCUACCCUCGCGCCGCACAGUACCACUUAUAUAGCAAAGCACAAUGCCGCGCUGCACCAGCCUCGCCGCGCUAUGUGUAACGCUCGCCGCGGCCAAGCUCGCGCCGCCCACCCAUAGCGCAGUGAAGCUGGCGCCGCGGAAGGCGGACUACCCCGUCGCAAAGGCGCCUGUCGCAAGGAUCAGCAGUGGCGGCGCGACGAAGACCUUGGAGCUCCUCUUUGGCGCCGGCGGCAUCUACGCGGCCUUCCUCUACUACGGAAGCCUGCAGGAGGACGUCUUCCGCUACGCGAGCGAAGAGGGAGACAAGUUCACGCAGGUCUGGUUCCUGCAGGUGCUAGAGGCGUUAUGCAAUGUUGUCGUCGGCUUUCUAGGCCUGCAGCUGACGGGCGGCGCGACGCCGGACCUGCCGCAGCCCUUGUUCGCGUCGAGCGGCUGCUCGCAAGUUUUAGCCAAGUAUUGUACCAAUGCCGCCUUAGCGAACGGCCUGUCCUUCCCCGUGGCGACGCUCGCCAAGUCGGGCAAGAUGGUGCCCGUCAUGGUCGGAAGUCUCUUGCUGGGCGGCGCGUCGUAUUCCCUCAGACAAUACGCGCAAGUGGCCAUGAUUGUGGCCGGCACGGCGAUCGUCUCGUUGUCGAAAAAGAAGGCAUCCUCAGGAACAACGGCAACGUUGGGAGUAGCUUUUAUUGUUGCUUCCUUAUGCUUCGACGGCGUCACGGGCGGGCUCCAGAAGCGCGUCAAGUCCGAGACCAAGGCCCGGGGCGCGGCCCCCAAGCCCUACGACUACAUGUUCCUCACGAACAUUUAUAUGUUGGCGACGGCGUUAGUGUUUGCGUUGUGUAGAGGUGAGGUGCAGGACGGUCUGAAGUUCGCGCUGGACAACCCGGCGCUGUGGGGCAAGGUCCUGCGCUUCGGCGCCUGCUCGGCGGUGGGCCAGAGCUUCAUAUUUUAUACGAUCUCGACGUUCGACCCGCUGGUCUGCACCACCGUCACGACGACGCGGAAGAUAUUCUCGGUGCUCCUCUCCAUUUUCCUCAAGGGCCACGAGCUGCCCCUGAUGGGCUGGGGCGGCGUCGCGCUCGCCUCGGCGGGCAUCCUGGCGGAGGCGUCGUCGAAGCGGCACUAGGUCGUGCUGCGAAGUCGUAUAUAUAUAAGUCGUGAUUUAU